AUGGGGCAAGAACUGAAUAGCUCGUAUAAAAGAGGGUACAGGGACCUAAAACUACAUGCUGUUGUGCUCAGGCAGUCGUUUGAGUUUGAUGCUUUUAUUGGCAGCGCGCUUGUUGACAUGUACUCGAAGAAUGGGCGCUUGGAGAAGGCGCGCCAGGUGUUUGAUAUGAUGGUGGAGAAAGAUUUGGUGGCUUUGAAUGCUGUUGUUUCGGGGUUUUGUCAGCAUGGCAUGGCGGAAAAAGCAUUGGUUUUGGUGGAGGAAAUGCAGCUGGUGGGGAUUAAGCCUAAUUUGAUUACUUGGAACACUUUGGUUGCUGGGUUUUCGCAGAAGGGUGAUGAAGCAAUGGCCUCUAGGCUGUUUAAAUUGAUGCGUGUGAACGGGAUUGAGCCUGAUGUUGUUUCUUGGACUUCGGUUAUAUCUGGGUUUGUGAAGAAUUUUCAAAACAGUAAGGCUUUUUAUACAUUUAAGCAAAUGUUGGAUCAUGGAAUAUGUCCAACUUCGGCUACAGUCAGUAGCCUGUUGCCUGCUUGUGCAGCUGUGACGAACUUGAGGUCUGGUAAGGAGAUACAUGCUUAUGCAUUGGUGACAGGAGUUGAAGCUGAUGUAUAUGUGAGGAGUGCUCUUGUUGAUAUGUAUGCGAAAUGCGGAUUUAUAUAUGAAGCAAAGACAUUGUUUUGCAAGAUGUCUGAAAAGAACACUGUAACGUGGAACUCAAUGAUUUUUGGAUACGCAAAUCAUGGGUAUUGCACUGAAGCAAUUGAGCUUUUCAACAAGAUGAAGACAGAAGACAACAGAAAACUUGAUUACUUGACUUUCGUAGCAGUCCUUACUACUUGUUGUCAUACUGGAAUGAUUGAACUUGGCAAAAGCUUGUUUAGUUCGAUGCAGGAAGAACAUGGGAUCAUGCCAAGACUAGAACAUUAUGCAUGUAUGGUUGAUCUUCUAGGUCGAGCAGGAAAUCUCACUGAGGCAUAUGAUAUGAUUAAGGCAAUGCCCAUGGAGCCAGAUUCGUUUGUAUGGGGAGCAUUAUUAGGAGCAAGUAGGAACUAUGGGAAUAUAGAACUUGCUGAGAUAGCAGCUAAGCAUUUGUCAGAGCUAGAGCCGGAGAGUGCGGGAAACAAUUUGCUAUUAUCAAGUCUAUAUGCAGAUGCUGGAAAUUGGGUAAAUGUUGCAAGGUUGAAGAAAAUGAUGAAGAAAAAGAAGUUAAGGAAACUACCAGGAUGCAGUUGGACGGAAGCUGCCUGAUAUACAAGAAUGUCUUUUUAAGGAAGGUUCUGUACAAUUCUUCAUUCAGAAGAGACCUGAAGAGAAGGAAUCUACAGAUUCCAAGUGUUUGGUUGCUGGAGUACUGAUAACAAUCACUUUAGGCAAGAGGCUUAGUGCAGGCCCUCAAAAUAUGAGUUUUUUUGCAUGCUAUUGAAUUAUAAGUGGAAUCUGCAAUAAUGCAGAACAGUUUCUUUGAAGUUGAGGAGGGGAACAUGCAAUGGGAUUUCAACAGUCUCUUAAUCUUCAGAAAUCCAAGUCGAAGGUAUCAGACAGCAUACAGAAGAAAUGACAUUUUGUUAACAAGAAAAAGUUCUCAGUAAGUGUCUCCCAAACAAUAAGCAGAAUAUUUCUGAUGCUGUGAGGUUUAUCAAAAGCUAUCAAUAUUCAGCUUGGGCUUUUAUUUGAUAAAAGCUCUGCAAAAUGAAAUCACUGAUCUAUUGAAGUGAUUCCGCUGCUUGGUCUCUAUAGUGCCAGUGAAUCAGUGAAGUGAAAUUGUUGAUUGGUUCAAGGAAAGGGGUUUUUUGGCUUUUGAGUUGAUAGUUAACAGAAACGUAGUUGUUCUUAUUUGCAACCAAUGAUGAAAUUAAUGAUUCAAUUUCUCACAUUCCAAUGGAAGUGUUGCCUAUGCUUAUAAUGAAUUUCAUCAAGUUUGUAAUGCCAUGGAGAACGUAAAUA